AUGAGAACAGUAAAUAAAAAUCAAUUGCAAAAAUAUUUUAAACGUUCUGCGCAAAUAACAGAUUUUUGUUCUGGCGGGCAAAAGGGAGCCGACAUAGGAGCUUUUGAUGCUUUUGUUGAAUAU